AUGUACCUGCUGAAAAAACGACUUGAACUGAACCAUGCAGGGCGGAUAAGCAGUGUAGCCUUGUUGAGGAACCCCCCUCGAAGGGCAAUCAAAAUAAGAGUGAAGAAUUUUGCAUAUGCUAGAAGCAUAUACGACUGCAGCACAUUGCAGGGAGAUGAGAAUUAUACAGAUACUUCUCAGGGUGUAAAUCUGAAGAAAACAUUGGCAUCAAAGUUUCUCCCCCCUGGGAAAGAUGCCAGUAGUAAGUAUAAUGAGAAUCUACGUAGUAUAUUUUUUUCCAACACCAUGGAUGACGUUAAAGACUAUUUUGAUAACAAUUCUAACGAAAUGAAAAAUCAUGAAUAUGUGUAUUUGUUAUUUAAAAUGUAUGAAAUUAUCUUUUCAAAUUUUUACAAAACGUACGAGUCUUGUGACAUUUUGAGGCUGGACAAUCCGCAGUUCAGAUUUGUGACCCUUAACCAGUACGUGGAUGACUGGGUAGGGAGAUAUGGUCGUAGCAGUCGCAAGAGGGAUAUAGGGACAGUAGGGGAGAAUGAAAUUAUAUUUUACGAAAAUGAUGAGCAUGAUGGCAUUUCUGAUAAUAUAUUCGAGAACGAGGGGAUUAAUCUGCCCAGUCACUCAAGCCACAAAGAAGUUAAGGAGCAUAACAUACGGGAAUAUUCUGAACGAUUGGAGGAGACGAAGGGAGAAAUGCACCAAGUGGAAGAGCACAACUGUGUAGUAGAUACUCCCUAUCUAGACGGAGAUACUAACCACACCGCAAGGAGUUAUUAUACUCCCCAGUUUAACCUUAACACAUUGAUGGAGAUACACCUUAGCUACGUGCAGUAUAUAGAAAAAUUAAACAUCAGGGAGAGCACAUGGAAGGAUUACGUAUCGUCCUUUAUGGCAAAAAAGUACGAAGAGUUGUAUGCAAAUGUGCUAAACGUAAUUUAUAAAAAAAUUUUUUUUUUUUCAUACAAGGAUAUUAUUAACUACCUCUAUAUAACGAAACGGAUUAACUUACAGUCCAUAGAGGAAGUCAGCAUGUUAGCAGAGAAUGUUAUUUCUCAAAAUAUAAAAUAUUUGGAUGAAGACGCUCUAGUGAAAGUAGCCUACAUAUAUUUGAACAAUUCCAACAAGGAGAAAAACAUUCAUCAGAUAGGGAGAUACGGAAGUAAAGACUUCCUAGAAACGUACUUAAGCUUAAUUCAAAUUAAGGUAAAGUCAAUGAAUAAUGAAAAUUUUGUAAAAAUUCUUGAAUACGUAAAUAGUAAUAAUUACAAGCAUGUUCAGAUUUUUAGAGACUUGAAAAACGAGGUGUAUAAGAGGUAUAAUAAUUUGACAGAGGAACAGAUAGUGAAGCUCUUCUUUUUGUACUCCAAAAAUAUGAAUGCGGCUGACGAUGUGUUGAUGCGUAAUUUUCUUAAGUCCAUAGUUGAUAUUUUUUCACAUGAGGAGGGGGAAGAGGAAAAGGGAGCUGUGGCAAAGGGGGUCAGUUGCCAGGGUGGUCCUGGGGUGGACAAGGUAUUCCAGUUAGACGAUGAAGGAAAUGGCGAAAGGAAACCCACGAUUGGCAUCCCUCUGUCUAUACUUCUGAACGGAAUAUGGACGAGUGCCAAGUAUUUUAAGGAUUACCCUUUUUUGCUGAUAAAGAGCGAAAGGAUAAUUCUGGAGAAUAUAAAAAAUUUUAGCGCCAGCACUGUUAGCAUGCUCAUUUGGGCUUACAGUACAGUCGAAGGAAAGAACCCCCAAGUGCGAUUCAGCAAUGAGUUAUAUUUCGAGUUGAAGGAGAGAGCGCUGGAGUUAUAUCAGAACAUGACUCCGAAGCAACUAUCCAACAGUUUACUUGGGUUAUCAAUUACCGUUGGGCGAACUGUAAGUUGGGAUGGGAAGGUGGACACAGAAAUGCAUGAGGUUGUUGAGCGUUACCUGUUGAAUAUGGGGGGGACUAAAAAAGGGGAUAACAACAUUGGGAAUGAGCCAAGGAUUCGUCUCCCAGAAAGGACAUUUCUAAAUCUGUGCACAUCAGAAGAUUUAUCAAACUUGUGUUAUGCCUAUUCGCUUGUUCGGAGUGGCAAUAGAGAAUUGCACAGUCUGAUCCAAUCGGCUAUUAUGAAGAAGCAGAGUGAUUUGUCCCCCCAGGAAAUUGCCAAAAUAGCAUAUGCGUAUGGUAAUAUGUACUUCUACUCAUCGUACACGUUGCUGAGUUCAUUACAGUAUGAAAUAUUACAACGGAUGCAUCAGUUUUGUCAUCACGAAAUAUGUGACAUCUUAUGGUGUUAUUGUAUUAACAGAUUUUUAGACGCCAACUUUUGGAAGUGUAUGUUACGUGUAAUUGAUAUGGAAAAAUUGGGAGACUCUCGGUGCUGUUUGUUGUACUCUUCUUUAUCCUAUGUCAAUCUCAUCGAUCCGUCCAUCUUGGAUUCGUACAACACGUUGCGGAUUUUUCACUUGGUUAGUGAAAAUUAUUGGCAAUUUCAGAUUGCGGAGUAUCUGCACAGUUUCGCGGAUGAUGUGGUAGAUGCAAUGUACAAGGAGAACACAUUGUUGUUGGGAUCGGAAGGUGAUAAAGAGGUACAGAAAGAAGCGCAAGGGGUAGAAGAAAAUAUAAGUGAUAUAAAUCGGGAUCAUCCCUUCGAAUGUGUGAAGAAGGCAUAUGAUUAUGAAGGUUUUCUAAUUGACAUCUACUUCGAAUAUAGCGGUAGGAGAUAUGCCGUGUUCCUUUACAGCGCACUGAACACAAGUUCAAGUGGGUACCCCUUGGGAGAGAGCGUUCUGAAGGCUAGGUACUUGAGAAAGAAAAACAUCAAAACGGUUCAUUUGCUUCACAGCAUAUGGAGCGAGUGUCGUGGGAAUCGAAUCGACUUGAUCUACGCGCAGUUGUGA